AUGCCAAACAGAUUUUACGAUGAUGAGGAACCUAGUACAACCUCUACUGAAGGUCCGUUAGUUCCAAAGCUCAUACCUUCCCCAGAAGUUGAGACAAAGACCUUAUCAACAGGUAACCAAAUUUACGACUCUCGACCCAUUAGUGAGCAAUUUCACCAUCUUAGAAAAGCGGUGGCUCAUAAGCUCGACAUUUACAAUGCAGAGAUCAACACUCAAAGAACAGCUUUUGCAAAUGAAGUUCAAAGCAUAAAAGAUUACCUCAGAGACAACAUCUUCACUGAUCGCUACGAAACUGAGGAGCUUAUAGUUCCCUCCAGUAUUCUCGGCCUUGGUGCCUUUUUCACUGGCAGAGUUCUAAGCAACCGUACCAAUUGGGGAUUUACUUCUCCUUUUAAUGCCGACAGCGGCUUUCUUUCCCGGAAGCCAACUGUAAUAGGGAAACUGACAACUAGCCUUCCCAGCAGAAUAAUUCUCCCAUGGUUAUUGGUAGGUACAGUGUUUUCUCAACUGACUCCGGUUACUUGGAAAAAUAGUAUUAACGCAAUAGAGCGGGACGUCUUGCCACAAGAAUUUGUCUCCACUUACGACGAGAUGUGGAACAAAGUUUAUGUUUCAGGCAUCAAGCAAAGCGCCAUUCAGUUACAUGAAAGCUUGGAUCAGACAUUACAAUCUAGCAGCAAACAGAUGAGGGAGUUUAUUUCAAGACAUUGA